UUGUUAAAUUUAAUUAUUUCAAGUUUCUAACUUUAAUCAUUUCUAGGUGAUCAUUUGUUAUUUGCAAACGCUUUAGCAGUUAAUGAACAAACAAAUCAGUGCAGUAAGCAAGCAGUGUAUCAUAGAUAAUAUGAGAAAGGCAGCAGCGAUUUUGAAAAUGGCAGCACACUAAGAAUUUCAUGCGAUAGUAAUGAUUCAGUAAAAUUAAAAAAUCAAGAAGCACUCCCAAUAAAACACUUACUUUUCUGAAGAAAUCCAUAUAUAAUAUUUUUAGCAUGCUAUUCUCCUCAUGUACACAACAAUUUGUUUUUGCUUAAAAAAAAAAAAAAAAAAAUCAGAAAAAUUUCAUAAACUUAGCAGUGUUUGCGAUAUUGUGUUCUUGCAUACUCAGCAAUCUGUUUUUUGCCUAAGGAAAUUAGUACACAAAUGUGGCAUCUGUGCACAAAUUUUAAUCCAUAAAAUUUGAUCAGAGUACAUCUUCCUGAAAUUGGAAUUUUUGCAUUUUCUACUUUGAACAAAACAGUGUAUUUCUAAAGAAAUGCUAUGCUUUCAUUUUCUUUAUCUGGCAAACUCCACAGUCUCAUUACAAUUUCCCACAAGCCCCCCCCCCAAAAAAAAAAGAAACAAAAAUAAACACUGAUAGAUUGUCAAAUCUCAAGCCAGAAAUCUGCAGUGGGGACACUAUGCCUGGAUUGCCACAUGAAUAUAUUUUGGUGGCAUUAUGGGCUGCCUAAUUUGGCAACUUAGUGUGUUGCCUCAUGAAUACUUUUUUAGGGAUGCAAAUAGAUCUUUGGUUGUUUCAGUCGGUUAGAGUAGACUUUAAGAUACCCCUUGUAUUAUGGUGAAGUUGUUGUUUGGUAUAUCGCCAAGUUUUUGUUUCAUUUAUUGAUAAGUUGUUGUUUCAUAUAUGGUAGCCUGAGUAGUUGAAUGUUAUGGAAACCCUAUUGUGAAGUAAUUGGGGGCAUGAUUCUGGGAAAUUUUGAAUCGUGGGAUGUUUUGUAAGCGCUUUUGUGGUGUGUGUUGGUUUUACUAUUUAGAGGGUAGAAUGGCUGAAAGUAGUAAGAUUAAUUUGAAGUUUCUGUACGAUUUGUAAUGGAAGGGGAAAAGAACGUUAAUUGACUGGUGUGUAAAUGAAAGUUUACUUAGUAGCCAUUAUAAGUGUCCUGUAUGUAGGAAGGAUAUGCAUCUAGUCCAAAAUAAAAACCAUUUAGAUAGCUUUGGAUGGGUUUGUAGGAAGAAAGGUUCAGAUCUAACAACGCUGAUAUACGGAUUCGAGUUCAGAUAAUUUUGGGAAGUUUUUGGAUGCUGUUAAGGAAUUUUGUGUGCCACAGACUAAAGAUAAAGGAACUAAAUAACUUCUAACUAGGGAUUCUGGGGAAAAACCUGAAACAAUGUCAAAAAAAGAUGCUGCGAUGUUUCCACUGAUUGCUAGUGGUGCCCUCUUAGGACUGUAUAUAUUUUUCAAAUUAUUCUCUAAAGAGUACAUAAAUCUUCUAGUUACAGUAUAUUUCUUUGGCUUAGGAGUAUUAGCUCUCACUCAUAUUAUAAGUCCUUAUGUUUCAAGGCUAGUCCCAGGAAGCUACCAAGCUGAACAUAACAUUGUUUAUAACAGGGUAGCUGGAGGUGAAAGGGAAGAGCUUUUAAACUUUACUUUUGGCACUGGAGAUUUGAUUGCUCUUGGAUUAUGCAGCCUAAUUGGAGGUGUAUACUUAUGGAAUAAGCACUGGGUCGUGAACAACAUUUUUGGCUUAGCUUUUGCUUUAAAUGGAGUGGAGUUUCUUCACCUGAACAACAUUAUCAUUGGAUGCACACUUCUUGGUGGUUUAUUCAUUUAUGAUAUAUUUUGGGUUUUUGCAACUGAUGUUAUGGUAACAGUUGCGAAGUCUUUUGAAGCACCUAUUAAAUUGGUUUUUCCUCAAGAUAUUUUAGAAAAUUGGUUAAAUAGCAGUAAUUUUGCAAUGUUGGGGCUUGGUGAUGUUGUUAUUCCUGGUAUUUUCAUUGCUCUACUUUUGCGUUUUGAUGAAAGCUUAAAAAGAGGACAAAAAUUAUAUUUCUACUCUAGUUUUGUUGCAUACUUCUUGGGUCUAGUACUUACUAUAUUCAUAAUGUCAUAUUUCAAACAUGCACAGCCGGCAUUAUUAUAUCUGGUUCCAGCUUGCAUAGGUAUUCCAGGUAUAAUAGCAGUUUUGAAAGGAGAUGUUAAAGCCUUACUGAACUAUGCAGAUCAUCCAGAAGAAGAGAGUUCCUCUGAAUCAUCAUCGAAGGAAGGUUCACCUGAACAAAAAGAUGAUUCAUUAAGGAACUCUGAUUCAGUAGAUUUGAAGAAAGAUAAAUAAAUGUACUUACUUUUAGGAAUUUGUUUUAGAACUUAAAAAAAGUUGGAACCAUGUUAAAAAUUGAAAGAUUCCAUUUGUUAUAACAAGUUUCUUGUUAAAUUCAUAAAUAUUUAAAAAAGGAAAUUUAUAUUUUUAAUAGUAUCUAAGUAUAGUUUUUUCAGAUUGACUUCCUGUCAUUCCAAGAUAUAAUGAACUCUAAAUACUUAAAAAAGAAUCAAUGAUAAACAUAUGAUUUUUUAAGUAUAGUAAUUUAAUUGUAUUGUUUUUCUGAUUUCUUGUACAAAAUUCUACAAUUAGUUGCUGUAUUCUUCAAAAUUUUUUGUUGCGUUAAAAAUAAGUCAAUAGCUAUAUUAACUUCAAAAUUCCUUGGAUUUUUGAGAAAAAAAUGAUAGAAGGAUUGUUUGUGUCAUAAGAAAAUUCUGUGGCUAAUUUUCUUUGAAGUUCUGAUGACCUCUAAGAAACUCUGGCACCUUCAUUAUUCAUAAAUCAAGUUGACAUUUACAUUUUAGGAUUUAAAAAUAUAUGUCCAUAAUCCAUAGAUAGUUUCCAGACUGUAUAAUCAAGUCUUCUAGCAAAAUCAAAAAUAUAUUGUGUUUGCAGAAGGUGGAGCUGUGAUGCUUAUUAUCUUAAUCUACUUUAAUAUGAAGUCAUUUGUUGCAUUUUUAUUUAUUGACUAAAUUCAGAACUUUUUAAUGUUAUUUUGAAGUUCCAUCAUAGUUUUUAAAUAUUAAUAUAUUACUUUUAUAAUGUUUUUGAAGCUGUGAAUACUUUGUACAAAACAGUAUUAUCUUCAACUAUUCAAAAUAUGUUAUAUGCGAACUGUGUUCCUGAAGUAUGUUAACCAUAAUAUACAUAAAAAAAGUCUAUCUUUGAUUCAUUGCUCUUCUUCAUAUUCAUUUUUAUAAACUAUUCUUUGAAACACAAUUUUGCUGUCAAACAGCUAGGAAUACAAUGCAUGAGUUGGUCAAAUGUUUGCUGUUUAACAGCUAGAAAUGUAAGAGUUGGUGCUAAUAUUUUAAUAUUAAUAGUCGGCUUUUUUUUUUUUUUUUUUUUUUUUUUUGUUUGUAUUUUUUGUAAAUUUAAUUAAAACAAACAAAAAUUUUAGUUUUAUUCCUGUAAUCUUUCUAGUACUGUAAUUAGCAGUUCUUAUUUUUUCCAUUAUAUUCAUUUUAAAAAUUUAAAAAAAUUGUAGAUGAUCAAAGCCUACACUGUAGAUUUCUUUAUCAUUAUUAUUACUGUUGUUGUUAUUAAAUGAAUUUGUCAUAUUUAGUUUUGAAUUCUUGCAAUAAUUCAGGCUUUUUGCUGUGUCCCUUAUUUUUAGAGUUUGGCACAGAUAUUCUUGCAAUUUUGAUGCCAGCAUGUAUGGAAUCUCAUCUAGUUUAUUAGUCUUCAUUAAUAUGCAGUUAAAGUAAAAGCACAUUCACAGUAACAUGAUUCUGUAAAUCUUUUAAUUCAAACAGCUUAUGAUUAGAAUUUUCUCUUAUAUAAAAUAUCAUCUAUUUCUUAGCAAUGAAACAUUUAAUUCAGUAUUGAAACUAAAUAAAAAUUGUAAGAAUUCUCUUCAUAAUACAUAGUUUCAUUGUUAUAUUUUUUAUUCUGAAAUAAAGAAAAAUAAAAAAAAAAAGAUAAAAGAUUAACAAGAAUCAUUAGAGCUAUAAUCAUUAACAAUAUAUUUUUAUAUGUUUUUUAAGUCAUUAAAUUUUAAAUAAAUCUUGCAAUUGGGAGUUUCAUUUUGUCAGCCAGUUCGUUUCAUACUGUUUUUGACAGUGUAACCAAUGUUGCAUUUUUAUGUUCUUGAAUAAAAAUUUUCUUUAUUAAUGUU